GAGCACAACACACUACAUACAUGAUACAUAUGGUUGUUUUCGUGCACUCGUGUUUUUCUAAAUGAUCAUGUCUCUCUAUUCAAAAAACUCCCUCCUUCUUCUUCUUCUUUGCUUUCUUAUUAAUACAUUUCUCUUCAAUCUUUGCCUUUCCUUUGAAGCCCGAAAUCCUGAAGUGGAAGCUCUAACUGCAAUAAAAGAAGGUUUGAACGAUCCACGUGGCGCUCUGAGCAACUGGGAUGAAGACUCUGUUGACCCUUGUAGCUGGUCCAUGAUCACUUGCAAUUCUGAUAAUCUUGUUACUUCCUUAGGAGCUCCUAGUCAAGGUCUAUCAGGUUCUUUGUCUUGGAUGAUUGCAAACCUCACUAACCUCAAACAACUAUUAUUACAGAACAACAAUAUUUCUGGGCAUAUUCCAAAAGAAAUAGGGUACCUACACAAUCUUCAAACAUUGGAUCUGUCCAACAACAAGUUAUCUGGGCAUAUUCCUCACUCUUUGGGUUUUUUGGACCAUUUAAAAUAUUUGAGGGUGAAUAACAAUAGUUUUAGUGGGGCUGUUCCUCUGCCCUUGGCCACUCUUCCUCAACUUACUUUCUUGGAUUUGUCCUACAACAACCUCAGUGGACCUGUUCCCAAUUUUCCUACCAAGACAUUUAAUAUCUUUGGUAAUCCUCUAAUUUGUGGAAGCCACUCUAGUGAAAAAUGUUCUGAAUCAAUCCUGGCUAGUCCUCUUGCAUUCUCAAUAAAUCAAUCUUCUGGAAAAACAAAGACCAAGAAAUUAGCAACUGCACUAGGGCUAACACUCACCUUUGUCUCUAUCUUAGUCUUAGCAUUAGCAUUUCUGUUACAAAGAAGAAACAACAACAGAAAACAGUCCAUUCUUAAUAUUACAGAUAUUCAAGAAGAGGAUUUAAUAAAAUUAGGAAACCUAAGAAGCUUCACCAUAAAGGAGCUACGCGGCGCCACGGACAAUUUCAGCUCCAAGAACAUACUCGGUGCGGGCGGAUUCGGCAAUGUCUACAAAGGCAAACUCGAAGACGGCACAAUAAUUGCCGUGAAACGUCUCAAGGAUUUAACGGGACCCACGGGAAUAUUGCAGUUUCGAACCGAAUUAGAAAUGAUUAGCCUAGCGAUUCAUCGUAAUUUGCUUCGCAUUGUCGGAUACUGCGCCGCCACGAACGAGAGGAUCCUCGUUUAUCCGUACAUGCCUAAUGGAAGUGUCGCGUCGAGGCUUAGAGGAAAACCGGGUCUAGAUUGGAACACGAGGAAGAGAAUUGCGAUAGGGGCCGCGAGGGGUUUGCUUUAUCUGCACGAGCAAUGCGAUCCGAAGAUAAUCCAUAGAGAUGUUAAGGCGGCGAAUAUUCUAUUGGACGAUUAUUUCGAGGCCAUUGUUGGCGAUUUUGGCCUUGCGAAAUUACUCGAUCAUGCGGAAUCUCAUGUUACGACAGCUGUUCGUGGGACCGUGGGACACAUUGCGCCGGAGUACCUUUCGACCGGCCAAUCAUCCGAAAAAACCGAUGUGUUCGGGUUCGGUAUUCUUCUCCUUGAGCUCAUAACUGGGAUGAGAGCUCUCGAGUUUGGAAAAUCAAUGAAUCAAAAAGGAGCCGUGCUCGAACGGGUAAAGAAGAUACAACGAGAAAAGAAUAUCGAAUCGUUGGUGGAUGUAGAAUUGGGAGUCAACUAUGACAAGAUUGAUGUUGGGGAGAUGAUACAAGUGGCUCUUCUUUGUACGCAAUACCAACCGGCCCACCGCCCCAAAAUGUCCGAUGUUGUUAGGAUGCUCGAAGGCGACGGGCUUGCCGAAAAAUGGGCCGCUUCACAUAACUACAUACACACAACUUCGAAUCAUAUCUCCCGCGAAAAUAGCAAGUCGCAAUCGAGCUUGUUUGGGAUGGCGAUGAACGCGGAUGAUGACUAUGAUGCUCAUUGCAUGGAGCUUUCUGGUCCAAGAUAAUUCAAAAACGAUUCGCGUUGGGGAAGAAGAAUCGGAAGAGAGUCAAAGUACGUAGGCCUAAACCUCAUUCUUGUGAUGUACAUAACUACAUGUCCUUUGUUGUUGUUGUUGUCGUCGUUUUUUUUUCUUUUGUUUGAUAAGGCUAGCUUCUCGUUUUUUUUAUGAACUUACACUUUUACUGCGCUUACUUAUUCACUCCGAUGUUGGGAACUUCAUGAAUUUCUUUGACGAUAUUCAUGGAUUAAAGAAAAAAGUAUAGAAAAUCACUAUAAAUGUUUUUGUGUGA